AUGUGUGUGCUGACCGAGUUCUGUGCAAGGGGACAUCUCCAGGAUAUUCUUCAAUAUGACGCCAUGAAGUUGGACUGGGACUUCAAACUGUCGCUGAUUCAGGAUAUCGUGGAGGGUAUGACGUACCUUCACGCUAGCAGUAUUGGUGUGCAUGGUCAGUUAACAGACUCGCGGUGUAUGAUAGAUGGACGCUUCGUGCUCAAGAUUACCGGUUUUGGACUCAACUGUUUGAAUGAAGCCGAAAUGCGGAAUGCGCGACUUGAAAGCGACAUGUUUUCACCGGAAUUGCUAUGGAUGGCGCCCGAACAUCUCCGCCUGUACCCAGCGAGCCGUCAGCGCUCACAGGCGGGAGACGUUUACAGUUUCGCCGUCAUUCUGUACGAGAUGUGCACGAGAGCCGAGCCGUUCACCGAGGAAUCUUGGUACACAUCAAUCGGCGACACACUGGAACGGAUCAAGAAUUGUGGCAUCAAGCCUUACCGGCCGAUAUUGAACGAGCAUGAGCAUAUACCGGAACUGGUGCAACUCGCUAACCAGUGUUGGGAAGAACUUCCGUCGGACAGACCAACGUUCCAGAAUGUGAGGAAAGUUCUGAGGAAAAUAAGAAUGACGAGAAACAACGGCGCGUCAAAGAACGUUCUGGACGUGCUGCUACAGCGCAUGGAGCAAUACGCCAAUAACCUAGAAGGCAUGGUCGAGGAGAAAACACAGGCGUUCCUAGAGGAGAAGAAACGUUCAGAGGAGCUGCUUUAUAAGGUCCUGCCAAGAAGUGUGGCGGAUCAACUGCGGAUGGGACAUUCAGUAAACCCGGAAGCCUUCGAAUGUGUUACCAUCUACUUCAGUGAUAUCGUUGGUUUUACUACCAUAUCUGCUAACAGCACGCCCUUCCAGGUCGUUGAUUUGCUUAACGACCUAUACACAUGUUUCGAUGCCAUUAUUGAAAACUACGAUGUAUACAAGGUUGAAACAAUCGGCGACGCUUACAUGGUGGUAUCCGGACUCCCUGAACGCAACGGUAACGAGCAUGUUAGACAGAUUGCUCGGAUGUCCCUGGACAUACUCCACAGUGUGCGACAGUUCGUGAUUCGUCAUAAACCGGAUGAACAGCUUACGGCGCGUAUUGGAUUACACUCUGGCCCUGUCUGCGCAGGCGUGGUUGGACGGAAGAUGCCUAGGUACUGUCUAUUUGGAGACACCGUGAACACCGCCAGUCGCAUGGAGUCCAAUGGAAAAGCCAUGACAAUACAUAUCAGUGAAUCCACUAUGGAACUUCUUUUGCCAUUUGGCACUUUCACCAUAGAAGAGCGGGGAAUUAUCGAGGUCAAGGGAAAAGGGCGAGUGCGGACCUUCUGGCUUGAGAACGAGCCAGAAACUCAGGGGAAUUAAGGCAUGAAGUUGGAAACAGAAACAUCCCUUAGCGGUUACUCCUGUUUGGGUUAAUUGCAAAUAAUUUCGUUUUAAAAACGCUGGUGUUACACAUCUCAUACAUUCUCAUGGUGCUGUUUUUACUAAAUGGACUAUAAGAAAGCAUUUUUACAAUUUUAAUAGAAAUAGAACUAACAUAAAACACUAAAGAUUAUGAUCGAAUGUUCAGUUGGUACACGUGUUAUUUUGACACAUGUCUAUUGUCCUUUGAAAUGUCAAGUUCAUGUUUGAUAAUCAGCUUUAAGUUUACUUCCAAAAAGUACAUAUUUCUAUGACUACUACAGAUACCCAAUUGAAAUUUGUCCACAUGUUUUCGUGAUUAUUAUGUAUGAUCUUUGAUAAAGGCCGA